UGAAGGCUGCAGCUGUCUUUUUUCCUGGAGUCUUCCUCUGAAGCUAGCAGAAUGAUGGAGAAAUGAUACUGGUUGUAUGAAAGCAACCCCUUCAGCCAACUCCUGUCUUCCUGGGAAGGCUCCUGAAAGAAAUAGCUGAAGAAGUUGAAGCAGAAGAUAUUGAAUGCCUUACCUGAGACCAUUCUGCUGCUAACAGUAGCAGAAGGAAUCUGUGGUUGCCAGUCACAGAAGAUUCAAUCCAAACCCAGUUAACGAAACCUGUCUCAAAUGAAACUGACUUGAAAAUUCCAAAGAUCUGUGCUGCUGCUGUGGGGCUAGGACAACACAUCCAUCCUCAGCAGGAGGAAAGCCAGAUAACAACUGAAUAGAAGCUGGAAACAGCAUUUUACGAACAUACAAGACCUCAGCAUUCCUCAUAGAGAACGUUUUUUUUGGGGGGUGAGGAAAAACCUCUGCACUGGCCAAGCAAAAGAACCAGGGUUUGCGACUGAGGUGGCUUAGCUAAGGAGUGGCUCCUCACAGCUCUCCACACCAUCUGGGAAUAAGAAGUUGAAGCUAUUUUACACCAUCUAGAAGACAUGGGCUGUGGUAGUUCAACACCUAAAGCCAAGAAAUCUGCAAAAACAAUAAAAGCCGCACUGAUCAUCCAAAAUUGGUACCGAGGUUACAGAGCUCGGUUGAAGACCAGACAACGUUAUGCUCUUACCAUCUUCCAGUCCAUUGAAUAUGCCGAUGAACAAGGUCAAUUACAGUUAUCCAAUUUCUUUUCCUUCAUGUUGGAAAACUACGCACAUAUACAAGAGAAAGAUCCAACAUUAGCAGAUCGGCUAUUUGGUUGCACCCUCCAGGAGGACAGGGAUAGGCAAGAUUGUAUAGGGCUGAUAGAGGUCCCAGAUUCCUAUGGUGGUCCUCGGGUGCAAUUUCCACUCAAUUCUACUUCUCUUCAUGUACUGAUUGAGGCCUUUAAGAAGCAGCAGAUACUCCAUGCCUAUUAUGUCUUAGAGAUACUGUUCGAAACUAAGGAAGCCCUGAAGCAAAUGCCAAAUUUUAAUCAUAUAAGAACUUGUCCCACCAAAGAGAUAACAAUCUGUGGGGAUUUACAUGGAAAAUUAGAUGAUCUCCUUUUGAUCUUCUCCAAGAACGGCCUCCCCUCACAGUACAACCCAUAUGUUUUCAAUGGUGAUUUUGUAGAUCGAGGAAAAUAUUCCAUCGAGAUCUUAAUGAUCCUGUUUGUGAGUUUUCUUCUCUACGGCGAUGACCUGUGCUUAAACAGAGGGAACCAUGAAGAUUUUUUGAUGAAUAUGAGGUAUGGCUUCACAAAAGAAGUCUUGAAUAAAUAUAAGAUACAUGGAAAAAAAAUCCUACAAGUCUUGGAAGACGUUUUUGCCUGGCUGCCACUCGGUACAAUUAUUGACGAUGAAAUCCUGAUUAUGCACGGUGGGAUAUCAGAGUCCACAGAUUUGAAUUUACUACAUCAUAUAGAGAGAAACAAAAUGAAAUCUGUGCUGAUGCCACCAGUUCCAAUAGAUAAAGAAAGUUCUACUGACUUGAAGAAAAGUAAAGGACAUAUGUCUGGGGGAGUCAGAUUAAGUGGAUCCCCUUCUGAAUAUUUAACAAAACACGAGUGGGAACAGGUUAUCGAUAUUCUGUGGAGUGAUCCUAGAGGGAAACGAGGCUGUUAUCCAAACACAUGUCGAGGAGGGGGCUGCUAUUUUGGGCCAGAUGUUACCUCCACAUUUCUUGGUAAAAACCACUUGAAGCUGCUCAUUAGGUCUCACGAAUGUAAGCCGGAUGGGUAUGAAAUCUGCCAUGAAGGGAAGGUUAUUACAGUUUUUUCUGCUUCUAAUUAUUAUGAAGAAGGCAGUAAUCGAGGAGCUUACAUCAAGGUGGGUUUUCGUACAGCCCUUCGAUUUUUCCAGUACCAAGUAACAAAGGCAACGUGCUUAAGACCUCUUCACCAAAGGGUGAAUACCAUCGAAAGUAGUGCUAUCAGGAUAUUGAAAGAGAGAAUGAUUUCACGAAAAACUGACCUCAUUCGUGUUUUCCAACUUCAAGACCGCAAUAAGUCAGGAAAAAUUUCUGUUGGCCAAUGGGCUUUUUCCAUGGAGAACGUUUUGGGGCUGAACUUACCAUGGAGAUCCUUGAGUUCACAUCUGGUUAUCACAGACCAAGACGGGAAUAUUGACUACAUGUCCUGCUUCCACGAUAUCCACAUUCAAAAACCUGUGAAAGAGGUUCAGUCAGCUAUAAUUGAAACUCUGUACAGAUACCGAUCUGACCUACAAAUCAUCUUUAAUGUCAUUGACUCUGAUCACUCAGGUCUGAUCUCCAUGGAAGAAUUUCAUUCCAUGUGGAAACUUUUUAGUAGUCACUACCACGUUCAUAUUGAUGAUUCUCAAGUUGAUGAGCUUGCUGAAAGAAUGGACUUGAACAAAGAUGGAAGCAUCGACUUUAAUGAGUUUUUAAAGGCUUUCUAUGUAGUACACAAAUUAGACAACUCGAGCAAAUCAAAAACCCAGCUUGCUUAACAAGAAGUAGGUCUUUCCCUCCUUAUGAACACAGUCACUAAUACAAUCUUUUGCAGAACCAGUAGUAGAAAGAAGUAGACCCCAAUUUCCGCCAUGAGCAGAUGUAUAAUGUGGGUAUUAGAAUUGCCUAGUAAGCGUUUUGUUAAGACUAGGUUAAAUGUCAGUUCCAGUGGUAGGACUCACACAUUUCUAGAUAGAAACUGGGUUUGAGCCUAGUGCUGGUCUCUGAUCUUCACUAACUAGGAGACCAGAGCAGUUUGGAAACAUACUGAAAGAAAUGCAUAGAACACAGAAAAAACUACACCAUCUGUUGAGUGGCCAAGGAAUAGGAGGAGGAAUACUGAACUAUUAAUAUAAUAAAAUAUUUCCAGCUUUCAACUGUAAUCUUUUUUGGCAAUACCAUAAACCAGUGAUUCUUAAUUGUGGGAGAACCACCCUUCAGAGAUGAGGGCCGUAUCAGAUUCUUGGGGUAAGCUGUGGGAAUGUAUUAUUUGAAAAAACAUUCUGUUGUCUAUUGGAGAUACAAAGUGAAUACUUUAAGUUUGAGCCCUGCAAUGACUAUGGUUUAACACCUUCAUUGGUAAGAUGACACCUUGGUUAUGCAUACAUUGUGCAGUUUAUCCUGCUAUUCUGAUUACAUAUCAAAUACAAUAAGAGAUUUCUGUUUAAAGGCAAGUAUAUUUUAAUUUUCCUCUAAGUUUGAGAACUUCAAGAUCUAUCAAUAUGCCAGGGUAGAUAUCCUUCAACGCUACCUGCUAUAUACACCAAAAUAAUGAAUAAAAUAUAACAAAUAUAUUUUAAAUGCAUAACUGAGCUCCUAGGAAAGUAAAAGAAACCCCUAUUGGGCAGGAAAAAAGAGCAUAAUUAAAAUAAUAGCACUAUUAACAUUAGACAGGAUAGACUUUAAGGCAAAUAAUAUCAUUAGGGAUAAAAAAAAAAAAAGGUCAUUACUGAAUACUAAAAGGAGCGAUUCACCAGGAAGAUAUAAUAAUUAUAAACAUAUUCAUUUAAUUACAGAGCUUUAAAAUUUGUAAUGCAAAAAUUGACAUAACUACUAGAAGAAAUAGAGGGAGAUUUUGAAUAUACCUCUAUCAGUAAUUAACCAUGUAAAUUAAAAAUUAGUAUAUGGAAGAUUGGACAACCCAAUUAAUUCUCCUGAUUGUGUGUGUGUCUGUAUGUGUAUGCUCUGCAGUCAAU